UCAGAGAAAAUGUCCGGAAGAGGAAAGGGAGGCAAAGGUCUUGGUAAAGGAGGCGCAAAGCGUCAUCGCAAAGUUCUUCGCGACAACAUCCAGGGCAUCACCAAGCCGGCUAUCCGCCGUUUGGCUCGCCGUGGCGGCGUCAAGCGUAUUUCUGGUCUGAUCUAUGAGGAAACCCGCGGUGUGCUUAAAGUAUUCCUGGAGAACGUGAUCAGGGAUGCCGUCACUUACACCGAGCACGCCAAGAGAAAGACCGUCACCGCUAUGGAUGUGGUUUACGCCUUGAAGCGCCAGGGACGCACCCUGUACGGCUUCGGCGGCUAAACGCUCGACUCGACCAGCACUAAACCCAACGGCUCUUCUAAGAAAAAAAAAAAAGAAAGGGAGGCAAAGGUCUUGGUAAAGGAGGCGCUAAGCGUCACCGCAAAGUGCUCCGCGAUAACAUCCAGGGCAUCACCAAGCCGGCUAUCCGCCGU